AUGAAAACUCCGACACUCGCCAUCCUGGCUACACUCGGGGGUCUUCAAGCAGCAGUUGCCCAACGCAUCGGUAGCUCAGCGGUGUGGGUUGAUGCGGCAACAUGUGACCCUUGGGCGAAGUCUUAUGGCUUUCCGGCUGCUGCUGGCCCUGGUGGCCUCUUCACUACUGCCAUUGAUACCCUUGUCAACAUCUCCGAUUCAGGCUUGUAUCGCAUGUACAACCCUAGCAAGCAGUCGCCGACAACACUCCCUGCCGAUGUUCUUGCUUGGGAGAGAUAUCGACUGAAUUCGACCUUCGACGCUUUCUUCGGCAACAAUACAGGUACUGAAGCUGGGAGACUGGGCAUUUGGGUUGUGGCAAACCAGUUUUGGGGAAUCCAAUACCAAUGGGGACAUGUGGAAGGCGAUCCGUAUAUGGUCCUGGUUUGCGAUGAUGCCCCGUAUCUGUCCAAGGACAGCAACGGCACACUCAUUUACACGGACCCUUACAAUCAUGAUGAACUCGAGCUUGGCAUCGACUCUAUUCGUAGAGAAGUCAUCACCACAUGCGCGACAAACGUCCUCUCGUCAUACUCGGCCUACAAUGAUAAUAAUUGGACUCAAAAUAUCAUCCUCUGUACAAAGAACAUGAAUCUGCCACUGGGAUUUACAAGCAACGGACCUACCACAUUUGCUAGUGGUACGACGCUUGAUGUAGCGGGCAAGAGUUGGCUCGGCGCCCUCUACACAGAGGCCUUGUGGUCUGGUGGCUCUAUCUUUAGUACCCCUCCAACACAUGGCUUCGCUGCGGCACACGCCCUAAGGAACAACAAACGUGCUCUAUGGGUUCCCGACUCUAACAAGCUCUUUGCUUUCGCCCUGAUGCUUGAUGGUCUAUUUUGGGGCUCUGGGGUUGGCCGGACGUCACAGCAGGAAUAUACAAACUUACAGAAGACUGCCGCUGGUAAGGGAAUGAUUGCUGCCUUUGGUCUCACUGAUAUUGCGGUGCCAGCCAGGGGCAUCACUUGGGCGUCUGGGUGGACGCCACCCGACCAGUGGAAUGAUGGACAUAUUGGUGUUACAACCCAGCACACAUAG